GGAGUUUUAACUCGUCACCAAUUCUAACGACCCGGAUAAUAAAAGUCUGUGCUGAAUUAAAAAAUGAAAGGCGAAGACAACGUGUAUCUGUUCGUUCCGAAUUUGAUUGGAUAUGUCAGAGUUUUACUGGCCGUUGUUGGUUUCUACCUCAUGACUGACUGGCCCUAUCUCACUGUAUCUCUCUACUUCAUCAGUGGUCUUUUAGAUGCGUUUGAUGGAUAUGCUGCCAGAGUGUUGAAGCAAGGUACGAAACUGGGAUCAACUCUGGAUAUGCUGACUGAUAGAUGCGCAACUUUGUGUCUUUUGAUGGCACUGGGUGUUUUCUAUCCACAACACUUGUUUGCAUUCCAAAUGUUGGUAUCAUUAGAUAUUGUCAGCCAUUGGCUCCAGAUGUAUAGUUCAUUGAUACGCGGUGAAGAAAGCCACAAGAUGGUUGACAUAUCUGCACAUCCAUUGUUGAAAAUAUACUACACUUCUAGAACGGUUUUGUUUAUGAUGUGUUCUUUGAAUGAAAUAUGCUUUAUGAUGAUGUACCUUCUUCAUUUCUCAGAAGGAUUUACUGUUCCUAAGCUCGACAUAGGAUUGUGGCGACUAGGUUUAUAUCUAUCAGCUCCUUUUAUGGUGCUGAAGCAAGCUAUUAGUGCUAUCCAGCUGGUAGGAGCUACUAGAGUAAUUGUCCAUAUUGACCAUCAGGACAGACGUACACAACAUGUGACUGAAGUCUGCUUGAAACUGAUGGUUAUUGAAGAGAUUGGUUUUUCAAUUAGCUUGUCUAGUGUAUUCACGCAGAGCGCGAUGAUAGUGGCAUCUAAAGACGGUAAAGUGAAUGUAUUCUUGUUCAUACCGAACCUUAUCGGGUAUGUGCGUCUCAUUUUUCUCUUCAUUGCUUUCAUGAUUAUGAAUGAACUGGUGGGACAUCAGAGUCCUGGUUUAGCUGUAGCUUUCUAUAUGACGUCUGUUCUACUGGAUGAAGUGGAUGGAAUGGCUGCAAGGAAAUUCGAACAAGAAUCGAAGCUUGGGGUGAUGCUAGACUUGAUAACUGACAAAUGUAGUACAAUGUGUCUAUUCAUUACUCUGACCCACUGCUACCCUCAUCUUACUAUGCUGUUCCAAGUCCUUAUGACGAUUGACAUUUUCAGCCACUGGUUUCUUUCUGUCAGCUCGGCACUAGCCAAUAAAUCAAGUCAUAAGGCAGUUAACGAACAUGAUGUGAACAGCCUUCUCUGGCUCUAUUACAACAACUCAAUGUUCCUAACGUGCAUGAGUAUUGGAAAUGAGAGCUUUUACGUGCUGUUGUACAUGCUAAGCUACAGUUCAGGACCAGCAAUUGGUCUUUUUGGGUUGGGAAUGUGGAAGUUACUAGCGUGCCUUCUCCUACCCAUUGCUGUUCUGAAGCAAGUGGUUAACGUUAUUCAGCUGAAAUAUGCUGCAAGUCAACUUGCAGCAAUAGACGGUUCCGACAGAGACAAAAGCCAGUGA